GUGCUGAAGCCUCGACAUCAUGGCCUUGAUCGGUGAUUCUCAUGAAGGGCCAUGACGUCCCAACCCGACGGCAUAGCGAGCUUCUAACUCUCUUGUGACAAUGAGGUAUGCUCCUGCGUCGGUGCUAAGGCUGUGCCCAUACAUCCCGCCCCGGCGCCUUUGCGAAGACGAGUGGACGGUCUUGCUCAACUACCGACUUCUCCUGGCUGUUCGGGGCGCUCAGCUGGAGGUACAGGCUGUUUUAAGCCGUAAUCAGCGGAAACUGGAUACCAGGGCAAACUCUAAGCGACAUGGAUGGCGCUCUGGCAAGGGUUAUAAAAACAGGGCCAAGAUAUCGUGAGGUAACACGACCCAGAACAACUGGAACUCGAGGCACAUACCACAGCAUGACUUCUUGCUUGACGACCGCCCAGCAGCUCUCUCGUGCGCGCGAAGUGAUUGAAACUAUCGCCACUGAACUACAAGCAGCUGAAGGAUUCUUGGACGAGGAUGAGCUCAUCCAGCAUCGCAGCGAAGCCUUGAGAUUACAGGAGGAGUCUGUACGCGUCGAGGAUGUUUCUCGCAAUGGGCUUCUCGGAAAGCUUUCCGGCUUUGAAGAGGCUCGCGCUCUGAAGAAGAAUGCACAAGCGCGGCUCAUUCGCGUCCAGGUUUCCAGGGAUAAAGGUCGUCGGGAUGCUCUUCGUAGCCUGGCCAUGCGGCUACCCGCUGAUGGGUCAAAUGAUCCGGGGAAGCGCACGUAGAAGCAUCGCGACGGUAGCCUCGCCUUCCACGCACGGUAUUCUGACCCUCGUCGCCCCCCUCCCCUGCACAGUACCCGCAAAGGACUUAAAACAGCCCCGUGCUAUGAUAGAUGGUACCGGUUACU